AUGGAGAAGAAAUACGUUCAUGUCAUUGAAAUGGAUGAAGUUUACUCCGUUGGCAAUCCAAUUCUUUUAAGAAGUGGUAACUCGGUGUUAGAUGCCUUGUGCGGCUGCUUGCCGUCGAUGGAAGUUAUCAAGGUAUAUUUGACUAGUUUCUUUAAUUCUUCGUUGUUUAAAGAGAUCGAGAUAGUUGAUCCAAAUAAAGUGUUUUCUGACGUCGAUGUAUGUUUGAUUGCUGUCAACGGAGAGAAAAAAACCCUUGCUAUGUUGGUUGGCUACAAUUACUCAUCGGUAAGGAAUGUACUUGUCAACAAUAAAAAGAUACAUCCAUUACCGACUUAG